CAAGGGUCUGCUCACAGCACGUGGCCUGCGUCAGCUACAGAGGGAGGAAAAGCGCGGGCUGUAAGACGCACGUGACCAUUUUAGGGAUCUUUUCUCUUUUUUUAAUGCGCACAGGAAAUCCUAUCGGCCGGACAUGAAGUUCCGGGCACCAGAUCUUUUCAUAAUGAAAGUGCCUGAAAAGCCCUCCUCCCGGAGCAGGAAGUCAAGGGCGCCACGGAAGAGGACUGCGGAAUUGCCACCGCCACCACCGAAGAGACCUAGAGCCUCAGCAGCACCAAAGGAACCUAGAGCUUCGGCCUCACGGCAGAAUCCUGGUCCGUCUCACCGAUCUGCGCGCACUACUGAAAGACCAGAAACCAGUCGCAAUGAGACCACACAAAAAACAAGGCGCUAUCGCCCAGGUACCAGAGCACUGAUGGAAAUAAGAAAGUACCAAAGAACAACCGAUCAGCUCAUCCAGAGAGCUCCGUUUGCCAGACUGGUUAGAGAAAUUUGCCUGAAGUAUACCGGUGGUGUGACAUUCCUCUGGCAAAGCAUGGCACUUAAGGCUUUACAAGAGGCAUCUGAGUUCUUCCUUGUGGAUCUAUUUCAACAUGCCUACCUCUGCAGAGGCCAUGCAAAGAGGGUCACUUCAAAACUUUGGGGUUCAGUAGAAACCUGUCUGUCUAGAACCUCGGGUGUGUUGAUUGACCAACUUCAGCUACACUUAGAGGGCGACACCCCUAAAGAGGAUAUAAUUGCAGGUCUCCCUAUUCUUAAAAUUGCUACCAAUUUUCUUGCAGAUGCAUCUGCAGAAUCUGUCAGAUUCUGCCCGCACUGCUUUCCUGUCAAAUAUUUCAAGAUAAAAUCCAGGACAGAGGAUGUUACCUCCAAAAACAAAUUGGCCGUCCUUCCAUUUCAUGGACAAUUUGUUUUUGGAGCUGACUUAGAUAAUAUCCUGGCUAUAGCCUCGGACAAUAAAAAAGGUUUUCCCAAAGAGAAAGCUCAACUAAAAAAGACUCCCUUUUCGCCACCUUUUUCAAACUAA